UCCUAUGCAGAACCAGGAAACAGCACGUAACAGACCAGGGCUCUGGGCUAGUCUCCAAGCAGAAUUGGUUACCUGCUUCCCUGUGGAUCCCAGCAAAGCUUAAACAAGACCUGUUGUCACCACCACAGCUUUCCGUCUACCAUUUCAUGUUCUCAGUUUGUCUAGGCUCUAGGCUGAGAUUUUUCUCCUUGAGCUUUGCAGGAAGUAACCCAGCAGAGCCUCUUGGGUGUGGGGGAGGGAGAGGCUGGUGUCCAUUCUGGCCAGUCUGGUUUUCGGCCCAGCCAAUUUACGUGUAAGACAGCUGGUAUUGGUGAAGCACAGUGUUGGCGCUUCCUCCGUGUAGGCCAUUGCUUCUGAGCCUCUAAGGUCAUAAAUGUAAUUUCAUUCUCAGUGGUCAUGUGUCCGGUUUCCUCACUUUCCUUACAAAAUAAUUCCCAAAACAUUUGGCCUUGUCUUCCUAAGGUCCCGAAAAACCAAUAGAUUUUACCCCCUUGGCUGACUUGAACUUAAAAAAAAGAAAAGAAAAGGAAAAGGAAACUUGAGCAACAGAGAGCCAAGCAGAAACCCCAUGUAAGGAAGUAAGUAGGUUGAUUCCUAUCUUGUUAAUAAGAGAGGGAGGGACAGAUCUAAAGUUACCGGCCACGGUACUGACUCCCAGUGUAAUCCUACCUCAUUGCUUGGAGUUAGUCAGGAAGACAAAUGCCAAAGGCUCUGGACCUGUUUCCCUUGGCCCAUGGAUGGAUGCUACCAAGCCAGUGUCCUUUCCCCACUAUGGUGGGAUAGAAGGCAGCCUUUAGCCUUUACAGUCACAAUGCUCCCGGGUCAUAAAGGUGCUGGGCCCUAGGCCAGACCUCUGCCUGGAAAGUUUCCGGCUUCUGGUGGGUACUACGGGCCUUAUUCCCGGCCAUAUGGCCUGUGGGACCUCACCACUGGGGGGAAGCCUGGGCCUGAAAGAGUCAUUACCUGUGGUACCGGCCGAAUGGCUGAGGAGGACUGGAUACACACGCAUCCAAAGGUGGAGGACCUAAGAGUUGGGCUAAUCAGCUGGGCAGGAGCCUACCUCUCCUUUGAAGCAGAUAAGAGUACAGUCACAGCCACUGCAAAGAGUUUGGGCAGGAGACAGACCUGGGAACUCUUGGUGAGCAAUGAACACGACGCGCAGGCUGUGGUACGACUCAAGAGCUUGCAGGGUCUCUACCUGCUGUGUGAAGCAGACGGUACCGUGUGCUAUGGCAGGCCGAGGACCAGCCACCACGGCUGCUUCCUGCUCCGUUUCCACCGAAACGGCAAGUGGACCCUCCAGUGCAUAAUCUCUGGCCGCUAUCUGGAGUCCGACGGUGAGGAUGUAUUCUGUAACUCCAGGGUUCUCUCCGCCUACCAUAUGUGGACCCCCAGGCCAGCCCUGCACAUCCACGUGAUUCUCUACAGCCCCAGCUACCACAGCUAUGCCCGAGCUGACCACACCGUGGGCCGAAUCUGGGUGGACGCGCCAGUCCCCUGCCUAGAGGAAUGUGGUUUCCUUUUACAUUUCCAAGACGGAUGCUACCACCUGGAGACUUCUACACACCAUUUCCUGUCUCAUGUAGACCGCCUGGUCCCUCAACGCUCAUCCCAGACAGCUUUUCACAUGCAAGUACGGCCGAGAGGACUUGUGGCCCUCUGUGAUGGGGAAGGAGGCACAUUGUAUCCACAGGGCACACAUCUACUCCUGGGCUUAGGCUCCACUCCCACGAGGGGCGAGGAAUGGUUCGUCCUACAGCACUUCCCGACCUGGGUCAGCUUGAGGUCUAAGACUCGGAGAUUCAUCUCUGUCACCUAUGACGCUGAGGUAUGUGCUGCUUCUGAGCGCUUGACCCAAAUGUCCUUGUUCCAGUACGAAUGUGACAGUGAGAGUCCUACCUUACAACUCCGUUCAUCCAAUGGCUGCUACCUAGCCCAGAGGCGCCACAAGGCAAUCAUAGCUGAUGGGCACCCCAUGGAGUCUGACACCUUUUUCCGGGUGCACUGGAAUUGUGGGAAAAUCAGCCUGCAGUCGGCCUCCAAUGGGCGGUUCCUGAGCAUUACAUCCAAUGGCCUGCUGAUGGCAACUGCCUCCAUCCCAGGCCCAAAUGAGGAGCUGGGGCUUCGGUUUGCCAACCGCUCCUUUCUCGUCCUGCGAGGUCGGUAUGGGUAUGUGGGCUCCUCCUCCGACCGUGACCUGAUGCAGUGUGACAUGGACCAGCCCGACUGCAUUCAGCUCCUGCCCUGCCGCCAGGGCAUCUAUCACUUUCAGACACAGGGUGGAUCCUUCUGGUCAAUUACAUCCUUUGGCACCUUCCGUCCCUGGGGAAAAUUUGCCCUCAACUUCUGUAUAGAGCUUCAGGGGAGCAGCUUGCUCACUGUGCUGGCACCCAAUGGCUUCUACAUCCGAGCCGACCGAAGUGGCACACUAUUGGCGGACAGCGAACACGUUACCAAAGAAUGUAUCUGGGAGUUUUAGGUCAGUGGGAUACCAUCAGCCAGACUCUAAACCCUCCAGGAACAACUUCUCAGCCCAACAGAGCAGGAGGCCCAGCGUCAAGAUCCAAGAGAAGAAUAUGUGCUGUACAAUUUUUCCUACCAAGUUUAGCAAAGCACCUGUUUCAAGCGACAAUACAUCACAGCAGGCCACCCCCACGAUCC